AACAAAAUUAGGCAAACAAAAACUGAAUAAAGUUUGGUAUGGUAGGGAGUAAAAAAAACCGGCAACGUUAUCUAAACCAGAUAGACGGAGCAGCGGCGAAUUGAAGCAGACGACGACGAUGAUGGUGAAACAAGGAUGCCUGCCAUUGAAUCACUGCCCGCCAUCAGUAACCAUUCUCAAAACCCACGAUCUUAAACCCACUUUUAUGUCCACUCUCGAGCCUUUCAAUCACACAUCACUCAGACGCCGGAUGCUAGCCGUUGUCAACCAGUCGCUAGCCAAGGAAAUCUCCAAGAAAUCUACUCAAUGGAUUCGUAGUCAUUUCAAGGAAAUGGUGGCUUGUAGGAUUCCCACAAUGCCACUUGUUAUUGCUAAUGCAUGGUUGAUAUCGACGCCAUUAGAAGCCAUGGCAGAAACAUGUGUAGCUGAUAAAUCCACCUUCAAUAUGCCAUUGUUACUGUUUGUUUCCCUUAUUGGGGCGACUGUUGGAGGACUGCUUGCUCGACAAAGACGGGGAGAAUUGGAGCGGGUGAAUGAACAGUUGCGUCAGAUAAACACUGCUUUGAGAAGGCAAGCUAAAAUCGAGUCUUAUGCACCAAACUUAAGUUAUGCUCCCAUUGGUGGAAAGAUACCAGAAACUGAAGUGAUUGUAGAUCCCAGAAAGCAAGAAUUGAUUUCUCAUUUGAAAAAUGGGAAGAACUUUCUUAGGAAUCAAGCCCCAGAGAAGGCAUUUUCAGAGUUCAAAACAGCACUUGAUCUUGCACAAAAUCUAAAGGACCCAAUAGAGGAAAAGAAGGCUGCAAGGGGAUUAGGAGCGUCCUUGCAAAGGCAGGGCAAGUACCGGGAUGCAAUUAAAUACCACUCUUUGGUUCUAGAAAUAUCAGCAAGGGAAGGAGAGGAUUCUGGGAAUACUGAAGCCUAUGGGGCAAAUGCUGACUGUUACACUGAGCUUGGAGAUUUGGAGCGAGCGGGCAAAUACUAUGACCAAUACAUUGCCAGAUUGGAAAUGGAUUGACCUCUUCGGCAUUCACUUCUCCACUUUCACUGUGCUUACCAAGGUUUCCCAUUUUCCUAAAUGACUUUCUGAACACCUCUCUCUCUUCUCAACAUGUAGUACUCAUGAACUAAACACGCCAGACAUUGCAUAGGGGAUAAUUAGGAGAGAAAGAGAGAGAGAGCGAGAGUGAGUAAGUGAGAGAGAGAGUGCCAUUUCAUCACUUUAUGUAUGAUAUAGCCUGUUUGGCUAAAUGUAAUGUUACAUGAAAAGUGCAAUUUGUGCCCCAUUUUGAGACCACAUUUGACACUUAGAGACAUCCGGUUUUGUUCUGUCUCUCUGGAUGCCUAUAAGAAGGUUGGUGUCAAAUGUGGUGUGCACUUAGCAUGGUUGAAUGCUACAAUGACACCAGGGGAGGUCGUCUUUCAUAUGCUUUCUAGUCCUUAGCUUGAUUCGUGGGU